CCUACGCGGACGCAGCUCUCGCUCUCUGUGCGCGUUGCGCUGGAUUCGUGUUUUGAGCCACUCGGCGUUCGGCGUUUGACUCUAACGCGUCGUUUUUCGGGGGGUUGUUGAUUUUUUUCCCACCCGAUGAUGUUGUUGCCGUGAUGUUGACCCCCUUCUCGCGGCUGCCGACGGAAACUUGUGUCUGGUGCGCGUCGUUUUACCUGCGUUUGAACGGCGCGCCUGAGCCCGAGCUCCUUUUGUCCUGCUCCGGCUUCAGCUCGGUCUGCUGCUGUCUGCUCCGGUUCAACGCGGACCUCUGUCCCUAACAGACGGAUAUGCUUCAGUCCAGUUCAUGGUUCUGACCGGUUGGGGUCUUAACAGUGGACAGCCCAAUAAAAUGCCUGUGAGCACGGCGUGCUGUCUGUUGUAGGUGAGCACACUUGACUGCUGGACUCUUCACCUCGGCAAGCAUCACUCUUCCCCGCACACCAAUCAGAGGGAGAACAUUGCCGCCCUCUGCCUUUGCCCUUCACCCCUCCUCCCCCCCUCUCUCUCCCUCCCCCUCGUGCUGUGGGCCAUGUCUGGCAGUGGGGGGUUGAUGGAGGGAAACCAAGCCAGAGAGGAUGAGGAUGCCAGGGACAGCUGCUGCGGUGAAGAAGACUCGUCGCCCGUGGUGGAGAGGCGGAAUCGGAGCGGCAUCAUCAGCGCCCCACUCAACAAGAGCCUCAAACACUCCCGGGCGCUCUCCCAGUACAUCGCAACAUGCUCCGCUGCAGCCGCUGUCGCUAACGCUAACGCUAACAGACUCGCCCAGAGCUCCUUAGUGUCCACAGGGGUCAAGGCCCACUCCACAGCCGCCCAACACAGAGCCCAAGUGGGACUCACCAAACUGGACCGGGGGGCUCUGUUGUCCGGCCUGCUGGACUCUCCGAGCGGGCUGCAUCUGGCCCAGGCCGCCGAGCUCUUACGGCAGGCCAGCAUGCUGCUUCCUGUCUCUGACUCCUCUGGUCUUAACAUGAGCGGAGACAUGGAAGGAGUCUCAGCCUCCGAUUCGUUAGGGAGCGUGACGGACUUCCCGUUGCUGAGCAAUGGCGGGGGAGUGGGAGGUGGCUUUCCAUUCCACCCGGGCCUCUUCAUCAUGACGCCGGCGGGAGUCUUCUUGGCAGACGGAGCGCUGUCCCAGGUGACGGGCGCAACGGAGCACCAGCAGACCCACAGCGAGAUCACGUCGGCCAUCAGCGCCAACGGGAAGAAGAAGCGCAAGCGCUGCGGCCUGUGCCCGCCCUGCCGGCGCAGGAUCAACUGCGAGCAGUGCAGCAGCUGCCGCAACCGCAAGACCGGCCACCAGAUCUGCAAGUUCAGAAAGUGCGAGGAGCUGAAGAAGAAGCCAGCCGGAGGCCUGGAGAAGGUGAUGCUGCCCACCGGAGCUCCGUUCCGCUGGUUUCAGUAGGACAUCGCACGAGUUGGACUUUGCCUCGCUUAAAAUAAUGGACUGCCAAUCAACCGCAAUGCCACCGCCCACUCGGACUGCUGCGGGCUUGUAAACACUGGCCACAAAUACAGAAACAAAUAAACAAACAAUCUCUCCAAACGGGGAGAGAAGAGAAGGCACUAUAUGAGAACGAAGCUGUUUCUUCUGAACCAAAAAUAAACUGCCGUGGCAGCAUGUCGUUGCUUAGUUUUAUUAUUAUUUUAUUCUUUUUCCGUUUGUCCGUUUGUUCUCUAUGUUCCGUUCUGGAACCGUUUGACUUCUUAUUUAGAGUCACGUCCUUUGUCGGACACUUCGGGAACUCUUAACCGCCAAACAGAAAAAUGUACAAUCAUUUUAAUUUACGUGUUUUGUGUUUCUGUUUGUCCACGUGUGGAGGAAUGCUGUAUUUGCGUUAGAGAAUGUAAACUCAAGACUCUGUUUUAAAAGCUAGUUAUUAAUCCAGAGCACUAUUGUACAAUUAGCACCAAUGUUCUUACUGACUGCCUCAGUAUGUCUGGAUUUGGCUUUUUUUAUGUUAUGUUAUUUUCUUUGGAAGGGGGCGGGGCUAGUUUGUCAUAAAACUAUGGUUUUCAAAUCCCUGUUUGAUAUCAAAACAGAUGAAACGAGAGAGGAAAACAUGGUAAUGUAGCAACACUUUUGCCAAACAUGCAGAAAACAAAGGCCUUUAGUGUUAUUUUCUGUAUCGUGAAACAGAAUCAGUGUCGUUCAGCCAUCGGAGAAUUCAUUGGAGAACGGCGGAGACAAGUGGAAAAAAGAGUACGAACACCAGGCUGUGGCAUUUAAAGAUCAGAUCAUUACUGUCCACGUCACGUUGCCCUAUUGGAUACCGAUUGGUCAAGCGGAAAUCAGGGUGUGGUGGGCAGGCUGGUGACCUGUAAGAGGCCGAACAUAGCUCCCACUGAACCUCUUCAGAGAGUUAUUCGGUUGUAUGUCUGCCUGGCUUGCGAUGGUCAUUUUUGUGCCCUCGAAAUCGUCAUUUAAAAAACUGAAGCUUGAGGGAAGCCCCACAUAGCGGCGGCCAUCUUAGAUGGGUGACCGUAAGCCGUUAUGUCAGUUACGCUGGUGUUCUGUUCUGUUUCCCUGUUGAAGCCUGGACGGGGGGGCUUUCCCCAGUUAAAUCUGGCAAAAGAGACGAGGCUCGAGUCCCUGAAGUGUGUAAUGGUCUUCAUUACGAUGCCAGCGUCUCCACAGCCACUACUCUGGGGGCUGCGUUUGUAAACUGGAUAAAUGAAUGCAUGUAUCUGUGUCAGAAAUCAACAGCUCUGAGGUUGCAGCUCUCCUCAACUUUGGAAUAAAUAGAGGUACAAAUCAAACCUGGAA